CAUUUAAUCUUCUAUUUUUCGUUUUAUUCACCAGGAGGUGAAAACAAAUCCGAAUAAUUACGACGCGUGGUUUGAUUACCUUCGUCUGAUGGAAAGUGAGGCAGAUCCCGAUGCAGUGAGAGAAGUUUACGAAAGAGCCAUCGCCAAUAUUCCACCCGCCGAGGAAAAGCGUUUAUGGAGACGAUACAUUUACCUGUGGAUCAACUAUGCGCUGUACGAAGAACUUCUGGCGAAGGACAUUGACCGCACAAGACAGGUGUAUCGUGCAUGUUUGGAUCUUAUACCACACAAGAAGUUCACUUUCGGUAAAGUCUGGCUGUUGUAUGCACAGUUUGAAAUCCGUCAGAAGGAUCUCAAGGCAGCACGGCAGGCGUUGGUAAGUAGAAUGCGUAAUUUCUUUAUCUGGGUGAAUAUUUGAAAUGGGCGGGCGUAG